UCGUACAAGGAAAGGAACGGUGUGUGCUGAUGGAAUCGAAGAAAGGGGUGGCGGUGCGGGUGAAUUGGUCAGAUCUGGGCACCGAUCUAUGGUCGAUAAUUGCGACGCGAAUCAAUUGCCUGCAAGCUUUUGUCACCUUUGGCGCGGUGUGUAAGGAUUGGCGAUCAAUAGCAAGCAAGGAGAAUUGGAACAGAUCAGCCAAAGUUCCAUGGCUUCUAGUUGCAGAAAGAGUAGUAAAAAGCAGUGGCGGCAGCAGCACUAGAACCUCUGACUUUACUAUAAAACCCUGUGACGGCAGCGGCAACAGGGUUCGUGAGUUCGCCGACCUUUCGGGAAACAGGAUCUACAGGAUCAACUUACCCAUCGAUAACAUUCUCGAGAAUCCAGUAGCUCCCGUUUCUCCCUUCAGGGAAAACAGAUAUCACCUUUCUUCAAAAGGAUGGUUCUUAAUCUUCGAAGGUUGUUUAAGUCAGCUCACUCUUCUGAACCCCUUUUCUCUUCAAAAAGUUGUUCUGCCGCGUCCUUUUAGUCCUCCACCUGUUGGUAUCCGGCCACAAGUCGUUGGGUUCGCCUUAUCUGCUAGCCCUGGCCUCACAUCAGACUUUGUAGUGAUGAUUAUGUAUGUGUCCCAACCUAUGAGGGGGAGAUUAGCCUUUUUCAGAAACGGAGACCAGGAAUGGACUGAUGUUGGCGGCCCUGGUUUUACAACCAGGGCCAACAUGACAUACCACAAUGGUCGAUUUUAUGCUAUAUAUCCUCGUAAUGAUGCAUUUGCGUUCCUAGUUUUUGAGAUUGAAAUUAGUAAAGGAGGAGCAGCUUCCUUUUCUACACGGACUAGGUCAUUCAAAUAUGACCACUAUAGCAUGUGCGUUUUUUUUUGGAUUGUUGGAUCAUCUCAAGGGAGGCUUAUGCUUGUUUGCUGGAGUAGGGAACGUGAAUAUGAGAGUAGUACAAAUGAGUUCCCUGGCUUCAUUGAUUUGGAUGUUCCUGACGAGAGCCCUCCGUUUUUUGAAGGUUCCAAGUCUGUGUUUGUUGUUGAAGAGAUUGACUUUGAGAGUGGAAAAAGCAAAAAGGUGAAUAACUUUAUGGAAGACCAAGCUUUGUUUUUGGGGAAACAUUCGUCUUCCUUUGUUCGUGUGUGCAAUCAAUCAAUAUUCAAACCCAAUCAUAUAUAUUUCACGUUAUUCGAUGACGAUGAGGAUAGUUUUUGCUGCCGCGUUGGUCUUUACAACCUCGACCGCAGGACUAGUGAGCAAAUGCCCAAUACGUCACUUUACGUCGACUGGAUUGAACCAAGCUUUUGAUUGCCUACUUUGAUUUAAGUGGGGAAUGUUAAGAAUAUUUUAUGACAUCAUUCAUUAUUUUAAGAUCUGGAUUAGGAAAUUUAUUUUUCGUAGGUACGAUAUACUCCGUAUUUUUGGCACUGUAUUCGUACCUAAUGUGGUUUCCCAAUCUGUAUUGUGACUGAUUUUGAUUUUGAUAUCAAAAGUUAAUAAGUUGCUACGUAUUAAGUUUUAGAUUUGCUUUUGAAAU